CCGCUUAUGCCUCUUGUGACCUAUCCCGGCGGCCAGCGAGAGCGUGACAUCUACCUCUACUGGUGGGACGAGCGCGACGGGGACGCGUGGAGUGGCUGGUGGGUCACGCCAGACUUUCCCGGCAACGAAGAGUUUAUUCUCCAUGGACCUCGCGACACAAAGCAUCCCGCUGACCUUGCCGUGGGCGAAUGGCGCAGUCCGCUCGUAGAGCAGCAGCAGCUUAAGCGCUCUCUCGGGCUCGGCUUCACGCAGCAGAGCGGUUCGGAGGCGCUGCAUGCCGAGGGCCCGGCGAGUCAGCCAGAGCCAUGCCACCGCUAUUAUGCGCGCAGCCUGACAAGGCCCCACCUCCCGCAGGAUGCCGAGACCAAUAUCAUCCCAGACAAUGCCUCGAUCUACAUCUUUGCGAACUACGUCUGGAUACCGGACGGCUUGCACCACUGCAAGCCGAAGUUCAAGGUGUGUGCCCGAGGCACCGGCACUCGUGCAAGACUCGUCCCUGCCCACCGCGCGCACGGGACCUCGCACCCCGACCUUUGCCAAACGCCUGACCUCAAGGCGCGAGACCUGACCGCCGAGGAGAGAGCCCAGCGCAGCGGGAAGGCGGGCGGCGGCGGCGCGGAGGGCGGCGGUACCGUGAUACGCGUUGGGCCGCCCGCGCUGGGCGUGCUCGCGCUCCUCGUAGUCGGCGUCGGUCUCGGGGUCGCGCUGUCGAGGCGUUGAGGACUCCUGGACGCUCCUGUGUGUGGUCGCUCGCGACGCGCGCGCGUCUGUCACCCUACAUAUUUUUCGCAUUUCGGGGGGUUGGGACUUGUGAGGUUGUGUCGGGUCGGGCUGGGACUUGCUCCUUCUUACCCAUCUCCUAGUAGAAGUGUCCGUUUUGUUGUUUUAUUAUUUAAAC